UCACGGGCACUCCCUGUCACUUCACACGAUUAAGCAGUACUGAACAUCCUUCAUCAUUGCUUGGUGUUGCAACAGAAAGCAGCUUUUUUCUAUCACAAAUUGGUUUAUAUUGCGCAGAACAUUUGAAUCAGGAUGCCACACGCCUACCCAUUCCUCACUCCCGAGCAGAAAAAGGAGCUCAGUGACAUCGCUCAGAGAAUUGUUGCACCUGGAAAGGGAAUCCUUGCAGCUGAUGAGUCCACAGGCAGCGUCGCUAAGCGCUUUCAGAGCAUCAAUGCCGAAAACACAGAGGAAAACCGUCGCCUCUACCGCCAGCUUCUCUUCACCGCUGAUGACCGUGUGGCACCCUGCAUCGGCGGAGUAAUUUUCUUCCACGAGACUCUCUACCAGAAAACCGAUGAGGGCAAGCAGUUCCCCCAGCUGAUCAAGGACAGGGGCAUGGUGGUGGGCAUCAAGGUGGAUAAGGGUGUGGUGCCCCUGGCUGGCACCAACGGAGAGACCACCACGCAGGGUUUGGAUGGGCUGUAUGAGCGCUGUGCUCAGUACAAGAAGGACGGAGCUGACUUUGCAAAGUGGCGCUGUGUGCUGAAGAUCACCCCCACUACUCCUUCUAACCUGGCCAUCAUUGAGAAUGCCAAUGUCCUGGCCCGCUAUGCCAGCAUCUGCCAGAUGCAUGGCAUCGUUCCCAUUGUUGAGCCUGAGAUCCUUCCAGACGGUGACCAUGACCUGAAGCGCUGUCAGUAUGUGACAGAGAAGGUCCUGGCUGCGGUGUACAAGGCUCUGUCGGACCACCACGUCUACCUGGAGGGUACUCUGCUGAAGCCCAACAUGGUGACCGCAGGACACUCCUGUCCCCAGAAAUACAGCUCCCAGGAGAUUGCCAUGGCCACUGUCACUGCCUUGCGCCGCACCGUGCCUCCUGCUGUGCCCGGCAUCACCUUCCUGUCUGGAGGCCAGAGCGAGGAGGAGGCCACCAUCAACCUGAACGCCAUGAACCAGUGUUCCCUACACCGGCCCUGGGCCAUCACCUUCUCCUAUGGCCGCGCCCUGCAGGCCUCUGCCCUCAAGGCCUGGGGAGGCAAAAAGGAGAAUGGCAAAGCUUGCCAGGAGGAGUUCAUCAAGAGAGCCAUGAACAACAGCCAGGCGUGUGUUGGCAAGUAUCUUUCCACUGGAGACAAGGGAGCCGCCGGUGGAGAGUCUCUCUAUGUGGCUAACCACGCCUACUAAGUGUUAACACACCCCUCUUCCCCCACCCUUGCAGCCAGUAGGGUUCUGCUUAAACACCCCUGAUAUGGGUCUAUUACUGUCAUCCUUCUGUCUUUCUGACAACACCCCACCUUUCCUUUUCAGGUCAACUUUUGUAGUUGUAAUGUCACCGUUAUGUUGUUAUGUAAGACAGUUACAUGUGUUGUGAACAUUUUUACUAGAGCACAUAAGGCCCACCUUCAAGAGAGAAGACCAUCCACUAUUCCUUGAUGUUAAGCCCCUCCCUCAGUGUGUUGUACUCUUAUAUUCAGUCCCCCAUCCUGCCUCUCUGAUCCCCUGUGAUUCUGUGAUGUAAUCUUGGAUGAUUCUUUAUACAUGUGCCUUCAUCUCUUUACUGAAACAACUCCUGGAGGAAGACCUUGUAGAGAAUAAUACUGUUGUUUAAUACACUGGAAACAGAAUUAAAUAAUCCUAUUCACUAA